AUGUCUUCCAACAGAGUGGCGUUGGCCUCCAUCAAUACCAAUAUCGAUAGUCCCAAACCACAGAAGCAUAGACUUCAACGGUUGGGCGGUGGCUCUGGGAUCGCCAAAAGUGACGAUUCAAACUCGGGCUCCUUGCCGGGAUCGUUGCCUUUGACUCCAUCCACAACGCCCAAGUUGGCUCUUUCCAAAACCACGUCUUCCAUCGUCCCGCUGGCGUGCCUGGCGCCUCCAGCGAGAAAAACAGAGAGCUUCUCCAACUAUAGAAUCACACAUGGCAAGAACGUCAAGGCUGACUUGGCGGCCACCAAGUUGAAGCUCCGCUUGCAAUUGGCGUUUUACAAGCUCAAGGCUCAGAAGGAUUCGUUACACGUUAGACAGACGCCUGAGAUCACCGUGUCGCCAACGGUAAACGAGAGUGAAAGCGAGCCUCGUACGUUUCUCUCGGCAGCCAAUGUCAACUUGCAAAAACCAAGAACCGUGUCGGGCCCUUCUUUGAAUACCGUGGCGUCUAAUAAAGUAUCAAAGAAGAAACCUUCAAAGACGGCGUUGCGUUUAUACCACAUCAAACCCACGUCUUCUUUCCACAAUGCCUAUCCACAGCAGCUCCCGCUCAGCGCCACAAGCUGUAGCGGCUCGCAGCGGCUUCCUCCCGUGCACAAGAUCUUAAAGACGCCCAUCAAAACAACCACACGCAACUUGGUCCAGCUGUUGUACGGCAACAACAACGGCCACAUGGGAGUCGGUUCUUUAUCUAACUUCCACUUGUCGAAAACGACUCAUGGUGAAAAUGCUAACAGCGACGAAACUAUCGACGACUCUGUCGACGACACAUGCACCGAUAUCCGUAAGAAGAAUGACAUCUUGGGCUCCUCUCCUUCCAGAUUCGGCACAUUCAGCACCCCUAACAGCUUCUCGGUCGCUAAAUCCUUAUUGCAGCUCGGACUGGGGUAUUACUAA